CCCGGGUAUCAUAUCUGCAGCACCACCUGCCCUCUCAGCAUGAGAAGCCCCAAAACAAAUCCCCUCAAAGUCCGCGCACGACCCUCGGCUGCCGCCGGUUAUGAGAAUCAAGAACGCCCGCUAAUGCUUCUCCGGGAGGGCGGGUUCUCUCGCCAGAUCCUGGCUAUCUGAUAACCCGGGCAACCGAGCAACGUGUAAUCUGAUUAGAUGGAGUCGCCAGGGGAGCAUCGCGGCCCAGAUCGCGGCCAGAACCACGGACCACGGUCCAGGACGGCCCACGUUUGUAAUCUGAUUAGAUAUAGAUCCCGGUGCUGAAAAAAGGGCUUGGACGAGGCUCCACGCGACGUUCAGGAGUGGCACCGCUGCAGACCUCGAGGGACGAAACUCCUCGCUACUUGGUCUUCGGCCGAUCCAUCGGAUGUGUUUUUUUCGCCCGAUGUCGGCCGGGUACAACUCGGUUACGAGAGGCCCAAGUUCUUCAAAAUGUCGUAGACCAAAUUCGUGUGUAUGCGCGCUAUAAGUAAGCCCCGAGGACUCGUGGUUUCUCACAUACUUCCAGUCAAAGUUCCGAGCUGAGGUCUGGGUCCAAACUGACUAUCAGAACCACGAUAGUAUGCGCUCGGGCUGUGUCUUGUAUAUAAAGUCCCAAUCCUCUCGGACCGCACCGGCGUGUGCUGCCUCUUUCCAACGUCCUCGAUUCCUUCUGGGCCAGCAAUGAGCAUGUGUUCUCAAGGGAAGUCUCCAACUUUAGAAUGUGGCGUACGACUAUCUUGCACUCCAUCCUGAAACGCAAGCCACCGAGAUAUGUGGGAGCUUCCUCCCUCGAUGUGCAAUUCUCUGAGCAACUAUGAAAUACAUCAAAAUCGGAUUGUCCGGCCCGGCUUCCGCAAGCGGCGAUCAGCACAUCACUCAAUGGCUGCUGCAAUUUCCCCACGUCCCUAGAAGGAGCUGUAGAUGCAAUUGUGAUCAUCCAUCCUACUACCACCUCCACUGGUCACUGCUUCCCCACUAGUCAGAAACCAUGGUGGCGACCUCGCGCCCGGUGCCUCCCCCUCGACGACGGAGUCUCCAAGCGCUCGCAGGCUUCCUGCUCCAACCCCUCUCUGGGCUCGACCGGCAUGUCGGAUUCGCAUCGACGACCACGCUGCACGGGACGCGCGGCGGGCCAAGCGACGGGAUUCCGGUCGAUAUCCUGCUCGAGGUCGUCUCGUACCUCGGCCCGGAGGAUGUCCUCAACGUCAGCCUCACGUCAUCCUUCGUGCGAUCGGUCCUCGAGCCGGGGCUCUACCACUCGGUGCAGCUGCGCUCGAGCACGACGUGCCGCUCCGGCCUCGAUCUGCUCUCGCGCCGACCGCAGCUGUGCCGGUACGUGCAGCGGCUGGCGGUGCGGCCGAACUACUACCUCGCGUGGCCCGUCCGCGACGAGUGUCUGCGCGAGGACGAUCUGUCUGACACGAUAUGUCGCCUGGCUCCUCGGCUCACGAAUCUGCGAUCGUUCGACUGGGAUGGGCUCGAGAUGCCCGCGGAUAGGGUUUGGCGUGCGUUGAGGCUGUCAUGCCCUUCGCUGACUGAGGUGUACACGAAUCUGGGAUGCGGAUCCCUAGACCCACAAAGCGAACUGUUCAAAUUCAGCGAUCUGACUGUGUUUUCCUUAUCUGUGAGGCACGGGCUGGGUGACGGCAGUGCGUUGGACAGUCUAUCAUCUAUCAUCUUUCAUCGCGCUCAUCGACGGAUAGAUGGAAUCCCGCUCAUCGAGGAACUCCCGGCACAGCUUUGGGACAUGCUUUUGGAUCGGUGCAAGAACUUGCGGGAGCUAACACUGUGCUCCUUUUCGGCAUCGCAGCGGCUGCUUGAUGUCGAUCGAGCCGUGCAAGGGAGAUGGCCGCAGCUGACUUCACUGACGCUGGGCGCCUAUGGAUACAACAGCGAUCUCUCGGUCGCUGCACCGUCGGCCGUGGACUUUGGGGCGUUCCUUGCUGCCCACCCGGCGCUGACCUAUCUCCGUGUCGCGUGGAACUUCAGACACUGGCCGUCACCCAUCGAAUCGGACUCGUUCGCAGUCACUCUACCGGCUGGACUCGAAACGCUGUCGGGUAUCAUGCAGCAACUUCCGAUGUCGCUGUCGAACUCAAACUUUGUCACCCCGAGGUUGGAACAGCUCACUUGCCUCGACCUCAUGUGCGAGCCGCUGUAUCUGAGUCGAGCAGCGAUGAUGUGCUCGGCGCUAGCAGCGCUGCCCCAACUGACUAGUCUGGAGCUUUGGGUCCACUUGCUGGACCCUAAAGCGGGACACGAAGAUCUCUUCCGCUCGCUGUGGAAGUCGGCUCCUAAGCUAGAGGAGCUCCAUUUCAUGUGCACAACAGCAUUUGGGAGGAAACCGCUCUCGGAGCUCGCGCGCUCGCUGCGCCUGUUGCCCGCGCUGCGCAACUUCGCGCUGACCAAGGGCCACCGCUACGCCGACGAGAGCAUGCGCAGCUCCGCAUUGCGCGUCUACGGCGCCCUCGCUCCUCCCGCGGACGCGGCGGCGGCGCCGCUGCCCAGCCUCACGUCGGUCAGCAUCCGCUGGGCCCGCGCCGUCUGCCGCAACCACCUGAAGCAGGAAGGGACGUACGAGCGGGUGUGCCAGACCGACCAGGCCCGCGCUCCGCCUGCAGCGGUGCAUCUGCAAGUCUGGGAACGCGGCAUCCGCGCUGUCGGCGGCCCGUUCGAGCGGCGGCAUCGCGUCCCGCUGGGGAAGAGGUGGCAGAGCGCUGCACGUGACAGCCCGACGUGAUCGUGAUUGAUUUUGGGCUGGAAAGAAGACGCGUGGGAUGUAGAAUAUAUAUGUAGCGGUGCUGUGUCGUUGUGUCGUUGUAGUCUUUUAGUGUCGGUGUAUCUGUGCAGACCUUGUAUUUAUGGAAUUUUGCAUCGUACUCAGACUGCUCU